AAACUUUGGCACCGCACUCCGGGAGUUGCCGGCUUGCCUGCCUGAGUUUCGCUUUUCUUUUCCUGCAGCAAGGAGGCAGCCAGAGAGGUCGGACGAGGCUGUUAUCAUCUGUUGAGGCCAUUCCCAUCCUCUGCGACCCCCGUGUAGGAAGAAAGCAAAGCUGCAUACAGGACAUGGCACAGACAGUGGUGCCAGGCAGCUCCCUGGGGGAUAACCGUCCCACCUACAUCUACAAGAUGGUCCUGCUGGGAAGCACGUCAGUGGGAAAGUCAAGCCUUGCCUACAGAUACGUGAAAAAUGAUUUCAAGGAGUCGCUGCCUACUGUAGGAUGCUCCUUCUUCACACAGACAAUCCAACUAGAGACAGCCACCAUCAAGCUGGAGAUCUGGGACACGGCUGGCCAGGAGAAGUACCACAGUGUCUGCCACCUCUACUACCGUGGUGCCCAUGCUGCGCUCCUUGUUUAUGACCUCACUAACAAGGAAACAUUCAACAGAGCAAAGCAGUGGCUGAUGGAACUGGAGAAGGAGUUCCUUCCUGAUGAAAUUGUCAUUGCUUUGGUGGGCAACAAGACAGACCUGGCUGAUGAACGGGAGGUUGCAGCUGAGGAUGGGGAAGAGUUUGCAAGGAGCAGAAGCCUGCUCUUCAUGGAGACGUCUGCAAAAUCCAACCACCAAGUAAAUGACAUCUUUAUGGCUGUAGCCCGAGAGCUCCUGCGGCGUGAAGGUGAGAAGGCAGCUGUCCCAUCCACGAGUGGCAGGCAGCGUUUGGACUUGCGGGCAAGCGGGACGAGGAGGGGUUGCUGCCGUGUCUGAGAGGCCACAGGUUCACCACAGGAUGUAGGACUGGACCUUGUGUUAUUGGCAUCGGUGGCCAAGGGGUGACAGCGCAGCGGAUAGCUCACAGCCAACGUGGAGCAAUGAUCCUUCUGCCCAUCUUCUGCCAGUGAAUGCAUGCAGUGCGUGCAGACCCUCAACAGUCUCAUGAUGGUGUUCUCCCAGUGGUGAGUGGGAAUGUCCCCUGCCAAAAAGCAGCCCAGAUGGGGACAUCUCCCUGCCCCAGUCAUGCACCAGCUCCCCCAGACUCAAGAGAGUUUGGCUUGUGGAGCACAUCCCAACAACUUCAAGACUUGACUGCCAAUAAAGAGCAGCUCAUCUUAGCCACAUUCUUUUCUCUGCCUUGGGUGCCAGUAUGCAGGAGGUCUGGAGAUGGUGAGGACCAGAGCGUGGCAGUGUAGCCCUCAUCAGCCACUCCAGUUAUCAGGAACUUCUGGUUCCUAUGGCCAGGAAGCUCUCCCCUCCUGUUCCCCAUACACCACCACCCUCUGUGAUACCUGCCCAGCACUGAGACAUGUGUGGGAUGCGGGAAUCCUUCCCAGCUGCUUCCUCCUCCUGCCUAAAUCCCCUCUGUUAGUUAGCUAAUUUGAUAGAAUCUAACUGCCACUUGCCUCAUCCCUCUCAGAUUAACCCUUCCUUCCCUAGGCAGUCCUGAUCCCUGCUGUCCAUCCUUAGCUUGCUUUUGGGAUCUACAUCAUCCUCACUCCAAACUGGGGAAUGGGUAAAGCAAUGGAGACUUGUGAGAGGGGUGUCACAGAGUGAGUGACAUGACCCAUGCCACGAAAACAGGGCUCUGUGGUGAUGUGGGGGGCUUGGUGCUCUCAGGGGUGCUGACCCUCUGUGGGGAUAGAAAGAGAGGAGAGCCCCCAGGACUUAAUUUUAGGUGAUACCACCAUCACUAAG